CCGAAACACAAACGAUUGACGAGAGCGCCCUGCCUUUGCUGCUGCUCUCAUUAAUUCCCGACACACUUCCUCUUGGUUGCUCUUUGGGUCUUUUCCAUAGACGUAUCUUUCCAUGACCCAUAGUUUGCCCAAAGUACCUUCUCCUGCAAUGUCCAGGUGACAAAGUGUCAAACAUCCCUCCCUCUACGACUCAAAUCACGACCGACAACUAGCCCAACAACCGAUCAAUCGAACGGAACAUCACUGACGGUCUAGCUAAACACGAUACACACGACACUGAACACUAAAAUGUCCGACCUCCUCUCCCUCUUUGGUUGGACAUUUCUGCCCAACCUCGUCACCGGCUGGGUCCAAUCGUUCUACUACAGCGUUACCAUCCGCGCUGGCUCGCCGCGCCCAAUGCCGGGCACACCUCGAUACGCCGAACAUCGCCGGCGCAUACACAUCUUCGUCGUGGCCGUUUACCUCCUAUACACCAUUUACGAAGCCCACUACGAGCUCGUCGUGCGCGGCUCCAACUUCUACGGAGACCUAGGCGUCAGCCCCGACGCAAGCGAGCGCGAAAUCAAGAGCCGGUUCCGCCGGUUGGCGGCGCUUUACCACCCCGACAAAGUCGUCACAGGACAAGGACAACAAAGCCAAGAGGAGGUCAACAAUUACUUUGUGCACCUGAAGACGGCAGUGGACACGCUUACAGAUCCCGUGCGCCGGUUUGCGUACGAGCGGUUUGGCGUCGAUGCUGUUGCUUGGGCCGGGCCCAACGGGAAUGGCAAGGGAGGAUGCAAAACCCACCGCGACUUCGUCAUGCGCGGCGCACAGAUGUUGUUGUCAUAUUACGGCUUCGCGGCCGCGGUGCUGUACGGCCUGGGCCUGCUGGGAUACCUGACGUGGGGAAAGUACGAGAGGUGGCUGGUGCUGGCCAGCAUGUUUGUGUGGGAGGCGCACAUUGUUAUGAGCCCAGGCAGGCCGGCGGUAUUUGAACACUUCCUGAACCCAUUGCUACAACGGGUGACGGGUGUGAUGGGCAGGUAUUAUCUGCCAUUCCAGGCGGUGGCGCUGAUGAGGAAGGUCAGCGUCACGGUGUAUAUUGCUAUUUCGCAGAUCGGCCCGUUGUUGACGGCGGAUACGUCCAGUGGGCAGUUGGUUGCGAAGAAUAAUGGUGCGGGAGGAGGCGAUCAGGAGGAGCUGCUUAAGCAGGGGCUGGAGAGGUUGGAGAUGACAAGUAGAGGGCUGGAUCAGGAUAUGUCGAGGUUGGUGGAGCUCGAGAUGGCACCGUUUGCGGGGGACCAGGAGGCGCUGAGCAGUAUGAGGGGGAAGAUCAAGGAGUGGUUGGUGCAGAAUACGAUUAAGAAUGAUCCGAUGGUUAGGGAUGCUUUGGGGAGGGGGUUGCAGAGGAGGAGGGUGGAUGCGCCGGCUGGAGCGAGGGGGACGAAGUGAGGCGUUGUUGAUGAUGUUGUAGCGGGUUCUAAUUCA